AUGGCAAAAAUGGCUUCUAGGUUUAUCACCAGAGAAAACAGAAGUCCUAUGGGUUUGAAGUUUGAGGAAAUGCAAGAAAAGUUUGGGGAGGAAUUCUUCAAUAUCUGCUUUGAUGAGAAUGAAAGAGUUCUUCGAGCUGUAGGUGGGACCCUUCAAGACUUCUUCAAUGGCUUUGAUGCUUUGCUGGAGCACAUUAGAACUUCAUUUGGAAGACAGGCCACUCUGGAAUCCCCUUCUUUCCUAUGCAAAGAGCUCCCUGGAGGCAAUCUCAUGCUUCAUUACUUUCACCCACAUCAGAUUGUGGGUUUUGCAAUGAUAGGUAUGAUAAAGGCAGCAGCAAAGAAGAUUUACCGCUUGGAAGUGGAAGUAGAACAGGUCAGUAAUGAUAAGUUGUGUUCAGAGGAGACGAACCCAGGUAACUGCAGUUGUCUGACUUUCCUUAUUAAAGAACAUGAAAAUGCAAAUAUCACAAAAGCACUUCCACCAGGAACUUCCCAGUCCCCCUUAGACCUGAGGAUUAGCAUCAACACCUUCUGCAGAGCUUUCCCUUUUCACCUGAUGUUUGAUCCAAACAUGCUGGUUCUCCAGCUUGGAGAAGGUCUUAGGAAGCAGCUCAGAUGUGACACUCAUAAAACUCUGAAAUUCCAAGAUUGCUUCGACAUAGUUUCUCCUAAAAUCAGUGCCACAUUUGAACGAGUUCUCCUGAGGUUAUCUACUCCCUUCGUCAUUCGGACCAAACUUGAGGAUUCUGGCUCUGAAAAUAAAGAUAAG